GCACAGCAUUUAGUGGAGAUUACAAUGAAUAUUUUGGCCUACAUGUGGAUGAAGAUGCUUUAUGUUAUCUAAUGCUGGCCAACCAUAUGAUUAACUUCUUGCAUCCGGAAUGCAUAACCAUAGCAGAGGAUGUUUCUGGAAUGCCAGCUCUUUGUCGUCCUGUUGCAGAGGGAGGAGGGGGUUUCGAUUAUCGACUAGCCAUGGCUAUUCCAGAUAAAUGGAUACAGAUAAUUAAGGAGCUGAAGGAUGAAGACUGGAAUAUGGGCAAUAUUGUGCAUACAUUAACAAACAGACGAUAUGAAGAAAAAUACAUUGCAUAUGCAGAGAGUCAUGACCAGGCGCUUGUUGGUGAUAAGACAUUGGCGUUUCGACUGAUGGACGCAGAAAUGUAUACAAACAUGAGUGUGCUCUCACCUCUUACUCCAGUUAUUGAUCGUGGAAUACAGCUUCAUAAAAUGAUUCGUCUCAUUACUCAUGCACUUGGAGGAGAGAGCUAUCUGAACUUCAUGGACCAUGACCUAAAAAAUCGCCUCGCAAGAGCAAAUGCUCUUUACGCUAGCUUCCGUCAGUCAACUGCUUUUGAUAAACAACCUUCAAGUGCUCAGUUUGUAAAGACGGUGGAUUAG